UAUCUGUUCGUUGUCGUCGUCUAGGCUGGAAUACAAAUUUGGGGAGUUUGGAAACUAUUCGCUCCUGGUACAGCAUGCUUCCAGCGGAGCCGACGAAAUCACCUGUGACCUGAUUGUUAAUGAGAAUCCAGUGGACAGUAACCUUCCUGUAAGUAUCGCGUUCCUUGUUGGUCUGACAGGCAUCAUUGUGAUAUCCUUCCUGAGACUCCUGCUGAGUUUGGAUGACUUCAGUAAUUGGAUUUCUAAGGCCAUAACGUCUCGAGAAACUGACCGCCUCAUCAAUUCUCCUCAUCAAGUACCAUCUCUUUUUCCCUUUGCUUGGAAGGAGCUAGGAUCCCCAAGCAGAGAAGACCCUCUCAGUGGCGAUAGCCAACCAGAAACACGACGCGCGUCUGCCUUGCCGCACCGUCUCCGGAGUGUGGACACAUUUAGGGGGAUAGCUCUCGUCCUCAUGGUCUUCGUUAACUAUGGAGGAGGAAGAUACUGGUACUUCAAACAUUCGAGCUGGAACGGACUGACUGUGGCCGACCUCGUCUUCCCAUGGUUUGUAUUUAUUAUGGGAUCUUCAAUUUUCCUGUCAAUGACUUCUAUCCUACAACAAGGAUAUUCAAAAUUCAAACUGCUGGGGAAAAUUGCAUGGAGAAGUCUCCUACUGGUCUGCAUAGGAACCAUCAUUGUCAACCCCAAUUAUUGCCUUGGUCCGUUGUCGUGGGAUAAGGUGCGGAUCCCCGGUGUUCUACAGCGGUUGGGAGUGACAUACUUUGUGGUUGCUGCAUUGGAGCUCCUCUUCUCAGUGCCUGUGCCUGACAGUUGUACCUUGGAGAGAAGCUGCUUUUCCCUUCGAGACGUCACUUCCAGCUGGCCCCAGUGGCUCAUCAUUCUGGCCCUGGAAGGCAUUUGGCUGGCUUUGACAUUCUUUCUACCUGUCCCUGGGUGCCCUACUGGCUACCUUGGCCCUGGCGGCAUUGGGGACUUGGGGAAGUACCCUCAUUGUACCGGAGGAGCAGCUGGCUACCUCGACCGCCUACUCCUGGGAGAUAAUCACCUGUACCAGCACCCAUCGUCCACUGUGCUUUAUCACACGGAGGUGGCCUACGACCCAGAAGGACUCUUAGGGACUAUCAACUCCAUUGUGAUGGCAUUUUUAGGAGUUCAGGCAGGAAAAAUACUGCUGUAUUACAAGGAUCAGACGAGGGCCAUCCUGACGAGGUUUGCUGCCUGGUGCUGUGUUCUUGGGCUUAUUUCUAUGGCUUUGACAAAAAUGUCUGCAAAUGAAGGCUUUAUUCCAGUAAACAAAAAUCUCUGGUCCAUCUCAUAUGUCACCACCCUGAGCUGCUUUGCCUUCUUCAUCCUCCUCAUCCUGUACCCGGUUGUAGACGUGAAGGGGCUCUGGACAGGAGCCCCGUUCUUUUAUCCAGGGAUGAACUCUAUUCUGGUGUAUGUGGGCCAUGAGGUGUUUGAGAACUACUUCCCCUUCCAGUGGAAGCUGGAGGAUGAGCAGUCACACAAAGGGCAUCUCAUUCAGAACAUUCUGGCCACCGCUCUCUGGGUACUCAUCGCCUACGUUCUCUACAAAAAGAAGAUCUUUUGGAAAAUCUGACACCACCAGCUGAGAGGCAUUGCUG